AUGGCUGACGGUGAAUCAGAUAAGAAUAUUGAGAUAUGGAAAAUCAAAAAGUUGAUCAAGGCAUUGGAAUCUGCAAGGGGUAAUGGUACUAGCAUGAUAUCUCUUAUAAUGCCUCCUCGUGAUCAAAUAUCUCGGGUCACAAAGAUGUUAGGUGAUGAAUUUGGAACUGCUUCAAACAUUAAAAGUAGGGUCAACCGCCAGUCUGUCUUGGGUGCCAUUACAUCUGCUCAACAAAGGCUGAAGCUUUAUAACAAGGUUCCACCAAAUGGGCUGGUGCUUUAUACGGGAACAAUUGUUACUGAAGAUGGAAAAGAGAAGAAGGUGACAAUUGAUUUUGAGCCUUUCAAGCCUAUAAAUGCAUCAUUGUACCUCUGUGACAACAAGUUUCACACAGAAGCACUAAAUGAACUCUUAGAAUCUGAUGACAAGUUUGGUUUUAUUGUCAUGGAUGGGAAUGGUACCUUAUUUGGGACACUGAGCGGAAACACACGAGAAGUGCUUCAUAAAUUUACUGUUGAUUUGCCAAAGAAGCACGGAAGAGGAGGGCAGUCUGCUCUGCGGUUUGCUCGACUGCGGAUGGAAAAACGGCACAACUACGUGAGGAAGACUGCAGAGCUUGCCACCCAGUUCUUCAUUAAUCCUGCUACCAGUCAGCCCAAUGUUUCUGGGUUGAUACUAGCUGGUUCAGCUGACUUCAAGACUGAGCUCAGUCAGUCAGAUAUGUUUGACCCACGGUUGCAAGCCAAGAUAUUGAAUGUGGUUGACGUUUCGUAUGGUGGAGAAAAUGGUUUCAAUCAAGCUAUCGAGCUGUCAGCUGAAAUUCUAUCAAAUGUGAAGUUUAUACAGGAAAAACGUUUGAUAGGGAAAUACUUUGAGGAGAUCAGCCAGGACACUGGUAAGUAUGUCUUUGGGGUCGAUGAUACAUUGAAGGCUCUGGAAAUGGGUGCUGUCGAAAUCCUUAUCCUGUGGGAAAAUCUAGAUAUCAAUCGGUACAUGCUGAAAAACAGUGUUACAGGUGAAAUUGUCAUAAAGCACUUGAACAAGGAGCAAGAGGCUGAUCAGAAUAACUUUCGGGAUUCAGCCACUUCUGCAGAGUUGGAGGUUCAAGAGAAGAUGCCCUUGCUUGAGUGGUUUGCCAAUGAGUACAAGAAAUUUGGCUGUACACUUGAAUUUGUCACCAACAAAUCACAGGAGGGAUCACAGUUUUGCAGGGGAUUUGGUGGAAUCGGUGGUAUUCUUCGCUACCAGCUUGACAUACGAUCAUUUGAUGAGUUGUCUGACGAUGGGGAACCUUAUGAAGAUUCCGAUUAG